CUAGUCCGCACCCGGCAGGUCCCCACGGCACCUGCUGCGCCCUCCCCGCGGCUUCCCCAAUCUCCAGCCCCUCCACCUCAGAAAACUACCAGUCCUCUCCCGCCUCCCCCCUCCCCCCGGCGCCCCUUUCCCAGGAACGUGCGGAGGCGGGAGAAGAGGAAGACAGGAAGGGGGUGGGAUGUAGAGAGACGGACCCAGCCUUACCCGCCCGCCACCCCCACCCCAACUCGGCAGCUGUCACGUGGUGCCUGGAGUGGGAGGUGGGGAGAAAAGGCGAGACUUUUGUGGGUGCUCCGGAUCGCCAGUAGUUCCUUCAGUCUCAGCCGCCAACUCCGGAGGCGCGGUGCUCGGCCCGGCAGCGCGAGCGGGAGGAGCGGAGACGCGCAGCCAGGAGCCCGAGCGCGGGCGAUGCAUGCGCCGCGAGCGGCACCUGCGUCUCCUCUAAGCUACCACCGUCGUCUCGGCGGCAGCAGCGCGGGCCCCAGCAGCCUCGGCAGCCACAGCCGCUGCAGCCGGGGCAGCCUCCGCUGCGGUCGUCUCCUCUGAUGCGCCUACCCGCUCCCGGUCCCGGGACUCCGGGAGAAUGUGGGUCCUAGGCAUCGCGGCAACUUUUUGCGGAUUGUUCUUGCUUCCAGGCUUUGCGCUGCAAAUCCAGUGCUACCAGUGUGAAGAAUUCCAGCUGAACAACGACUGCUCCUCCCCUGAGUUCAUCGUGAAUUGCACGGUGAACGUUCAAGACAUGUGUCAGAAAGAAGUGAUGGAGCAAAGUGCCGAUUUCCCGACAAAGGAUUCCUUGGACACCUCCGGCUUUGCCUUUACCUGACCGGAACAAUUCCAUCCAGCACCAAGAUGCUCAGCCUUACUCUCUAAAAUUCAGGCUCCUCGGACUUCUGAUCUGCAAAUGGAGAUAACACUAUCUGCUGUGAGGAUCAAAGGAGACACUGGAGGGAUAGUGCUGACCACAGUGACUGCUACAAGAAAAGAGCCACUGUCAGUUAUGACCAUGUCACCUCCGGAAUCAUCUCCACCUCUACCAGUACCAUCACCAUUACCACCAUCUUUCCUACCUCCACCUCUAUCACCAUACCACUGCUCCUCCUAUGGCCACCAUCAUCACCUCCAUCCACAAACACCAACACCACCGCCACUACUGCCACCCCCACCACCAUCACCUCCACCUCUACCACCAACACUGCUUCCACCACCACCACCAUCAUCUCCACCUCUACACCAACUCCACUGUUCCCACCACUGCCAUUAUCAUCAUCACCUCCACUUCCACCAACACUAAUAACACUACUACCAUACCACCACAAUUAUUAUCACUUCCACCUGUACCACCACCAGUACCAACACCAAUGCCACUUCCACCCCCACCAUCACCUCCACCUCUACCACCAACACUGCUUCCACCACCAUCAUCGUCUCCACCUCUACACCAACUCCACUGUUCCCACCACUGCCAUUAUCAUCAUCACCUCCACCAACACUAAUAACACUGCUACCAUACCACCACCAUUAUUAUCACUUUCACCUAUACCACUACCAAUGCCGCUACCACCCCCACCACCAUCACCUCCGCCUCUACCACCAACACUGCUUCCACCACCAUCAUCUCCACCUCUACACCAACUCCACUGUUCCCACCACUGCCAUUAUCAUCAUCACCUCCACCUCCACCACCACUAGUAACACUGCUACCAUACCCCCACCAUUAUUAUUACCUCCACCUAUACCACCACCAAUACCAACACCAAUGCUGCUUCCACCCCCACCAUCACCUCCACCUCUAUCAACACUAAUAACACUGCUACCAUGCCACCACCAUUAUUAUCGCCUUCACCCAUACCACCACCAAUACCAACACCAAUGCUGCUACCACCCCCACCACCAUCACCUCCACCUCUACCCAACAUCACUGCUACAGCCACUGCCACCAUCUCUACCAUCACCUCCACCUCUGUCUCUGUAACAAUCACCAUGAAUUCACCUCCAUCUCCACCAUCAUCAUUACCACCUCUAACAACAACUUCCUUUGUCAUCCUUAUGUCCAUCACCUCCUCCACCAUCAGUACCACCUCCUUACCACCACCAUUAUCGCUGCCACCAAGACUACUCCUAGAGGUCAGAGAUCUAGAAGGCUGACUAGAACCACAGGAUGUCAGAUACUUUCCAAUCCUCAAUCCCAAACUCAUAGAUAAGGCCCAGAAAGAGUCAGUGACUUUUUCAGGAUUAUCCUUCUAAUCAGUAGCAGAGAAAGGAUAAGAUUAACAGCCUAAUUAACAGCCCAAAGUUCUUUUCCACUACCAGGAAAUGGAGCUCUUCCCAGUCUGCCCUAAGGUCUUAACUCCCACAACACACACACACCCAGACACACACAGAGGUAUUUGGAGUUUAAAGACAAGCAGUGGACAAAAAGUAGAGGACAUAAUAAAGGAGGAAACUGAUAGAAGGUAGGAUUACAAAAUGAGGGAACAAUUCCAAAUCCCCUGAGGCCUAGAGCUCUGAGCCUUUCCCCAACUCCCUAUGCUCACAGGCUUCCCAUUCAGGUGAAAUGACAAGGGGAAGGGAUGCUGUAGAACUGCCUGGUCAUCUGGUUAAUUGGCCAAAAAGACCUUUCCAUAUAACCUUGACCUUGCUUAUUUACUCCCCAUUCUUCAUGCAAAGUGUACAGUGGAGGCAGCAGUGGGGAGGUGAGGACUAGGAUUUGGAGUCAAAUAGACCUGGGUUUGAAUCUCAGCCCCACUACUUAUUAACUAUGUGACCAUGGACUUAUAUCUCUGCAAAAUUGAUAAAAUAAUAGUAUCCACCUCAUUAUCGCAUGUCAGGCACUGCGCAUAGCAGCAGUGAUCAAUGGCAGCUCAUACUCCUUAUUACACAAUCCAAUCAUCUGCCCCAGAAUAGAGGUAAUACUCAGCUAAAAUUAAUAUAGUACCUGUACGACAGAUACUCUUCUGAGUACUUAACUUGCACUUGUUUAUUUAAACCUUACAAAAAGCUCCACAAGGUGGCCACUACUGAAUUCCAAUGCUCUUACACAAAUAGAAAAGUGGAGGCAUGGAUAGGUUAGGUGACCUGUCCAAACUCACACAGCAGGAAAGUGUCAGGGCCAGAAGUUUGACCAGGCAGCCUGGUCCAGAGCUCAGGCACUGAAACACACAGUCCCAGCCAGCCGUUUUGUCUGGGAAGCAUACCUCAGGAGGCCAAAAGUCAAUGCUUUCUGAGUCUCAAAUGCAAAUUAAGGUAAUUCGAUUGAAAUGGCCACAAGUUCAGGAAUGAAUUUCUUCCUGUGGGUGUCAUGGUGAAGAACACAAUGUCAGCUGGCAAGAAAGAAGGAUCCCCUCUGAUGCCUCUCUAUGACAAGGAAGGGCCUUUUUACAUGCAAGGGAAACAAUAAACUUUUCUGUUAUUAAGAGACAAGCUAAAAAGAAGCAAACUAGCUUUGAAUAGGAGUCUGGCAAGCUAGACUCCUGCAGAGUGUCUGUUUUUAAUUGAUUGGAUUUACUUUAUGGAAAGCAAGAACUUCCACCCCACUGCCACUGCCAGGCCUGGAACCAGUCCUGGGGAAGGAUACUUUCCUAUGAAAAUUCAUUUGACCGGGUCCAGUGGCUCACACCUAUAAUCCCAGUACUUUGGGAGGCCAAGGGCAGAUCGCUU